AUGGCUACUCCCGCAGGAAGCCUGGACGCCGGUGGAGGCUUUAAGAUGUGGCUGUUGUGUGCGGCACUGGCGGUCCUGUGCUUUGUGGUCUCCGCUGACGGAGACUCGAAAGCUGUGACCACGACGCUAACGACGAAGUGGCCCUCCACCCCACUCCUCCUGGAGGCAAGUGAAUUCCUUGCUGAGGAGAGCCAGGAUAAGUUCUGGGACUUUGUAGGAGCUAACCAAGACAUUGAGAGCGAGCAUGACGGCUCGGAUCUGUCUUACUACGAGCUGAUCGUAAAGAGGGCGGGGCAACUCCUCAGCCCCACCCACCUGAAGCUGCUCAGGUUCGCCCUGUCGCUGCGCUCCUAUUCAGCCACCGUCCACGCUUUCCAGCAGAUCGCUUCCAACGAGCCGCCCCCCCCAGACUGCAGGGUCUUCUUCAACGUCCACGGGGAGAAAUCCUGCAACCCACAGAGCCUGAAGGACUUGCUGGACACAGCCUCCGAGCGGCCAAAGCCUUUCCUCUUCAAAGGUGACCACAGGUUUCCCUCAGCCAAUCCCGACGCUCCCAUCGUCAUCCUCUAUGCUGAGCUGGGCACUGGCGAGUUCAGCAGGUUCCAUCAGCAGAUGCUGUCGAAGGCCAACAAGGGGCUGAUUAACUAUGUCCUGCGGCAUUACCUCCCACAUCCCAGCGAGAGCCGUGUGUUCCUGUCCGGUUACGGGGUCGAGCUGGCCAUUAAAAACCAGGAAUACAAGGCCAAAGACGACACGCAAGUACAAGGCGCCGACGUCAACGCCACGGUGAUCGGCGAGAACGACCCGGUGGACGAAGUCCAGGGAUUCCUCUUCGGGAAGCUCAAGGUUGCCUACCCCGAGCUACGGGAGCAGCUGAAGGAGCUGAGGAAGCACUUGGUGGAGAGCACCAACGAGAUGGCCCCGCUGAAGGUCUGGCAGAUGCAAGAUCUGAGCUUCCAGACAGCAGCACGCAUCCUGGCAGCCCCCUCUGUAGAUGCGCUCAAUGUCAUGAGGGACUUGAGUCAGAACUUCCCCAAUAAGGCGAGGUCCAUAACCAAAACUGUGGUGAACUCGGAGAUCCGCAAAGAGAUAGAAGAGAACCAGAAGUAUUUUAAGGGCACGUUAGGCCUCCAGCCGGGAGACUCGGCUCUCUUCAUUAACGGACUCCACAUCGACCUGGACGUGCAGGACAUCUUCAGCAUACUGGACAUCCUACGGAGCGAGGCGCGGGUGAUGGAGGGAUUACGCAGUCUGCUUGUCGACUCUCCCCACGUGCACGACAUCCUCAAGCUGGACGUGCAGCCGGCCGACUCCGACUACGGCGUGGACAUCCGCAGCCCCGCUGUCUACUGGAUAAAUAACCUAGAGACCGAUGGCCGCUACGCAUCCUGGCCCUCCAACGUCCAGGAGCUCCUGCGGCCCACCUUCCCAGGGGUCAUCAGGCAGAUACGCAAGAACUUCCACAACUUGGUAAUGAUUUUGGACCCCACUCAUGAGAACACAGCAGAGCUGCUGAGCGUGGCGGAGAUGUUCUACACCAACAACAUCCCGCUCAGGAUCGGACUGGUGUUUGUGGUGAACGACGGUGAUGAUGUGGAUGGGAUGCAGGACGCCGGGGUGGCUGUGCUGCGGGCCUUCAACUACAUUGCCGACGAGGUGGACAACCAAAUGGCCUUUGACGCCCUGGUAUCGAUGCUGAACCGAGUGCCCAGCGGCGGAAAGCUUAAGGUGGAGCACGUGGUCGGGGUGCUGGAGAAGCGCUACCCCUACGUCAAGGUCAACAGUGUCCUCGGCGCGGACUCCGCCUACGACACCAACCGCAAGGAAGGUAGGGCCUACUACGAGCAGACUGGCGUGGGGCCUCUGCCCGUGGUGCUCUACAACGGCAUGCCCCUGCAACGCGAACAGCUGGACCCCGACGAGCUGGAGACCACCGUCAUGCACAAGAUUCUGGAGACCACCAGCUUCUUCCAGCGCGCCGUGUACCUGGGGGAGCUGGGUAGCGACCACGACGUGGUGGACUUCAUCAUGAAGCAGCCCAACGUGGUGCCCCGGAUCAACUCCAGGAUCCUGGCCACAAACAGGAGCUACCUGGACCUCUCCAGCAUCAAUAACCAUUUCAUCCACGAAUACGCCCGCUUCCUCUUCCUGGACACCAGAGAGAAGAACACGGCUGUGGCUAAUAGCAUGAACUACAUGACCAAGAAAGAGGACGGCGCGAUCCGCCCCGUGACGUUCUGGGUGGUGGGCGACUUCGACCAGCCUUCGGGCCGGCAGCUCCUGUACGACGGCAUCAGACACAUGAAAACCAGUAAUAACGUGCGGCUAGGCGUCAUCAAUAACCCCACCGAGAGCCCGUCCAACGGCACCGCCCUGAUCGGCCUGGCCAUCUGGGCGGCCAUGCAGACGCAGACAGCCAACAACGCCAAGAACUUCAUCACCAAGCUGACCAAAGAGGAGACGGCCCGGGCGCUGUACACCGGCGCCGACCCCGCCGACUUCGCCGUCGGGGGCAUGGACGUGUCCCUGUUUAUGAGUGUGUACCAGUCUUCUAAAGUGAACUUCCUGCUGGCUCACGCGGACUACUGCAGAGACGUCCUGAAGCUGCGCAAGGGACAGAGGGCGGUCAUCAGUAACGGGCGGAUUAUCGGUCCCCUGGAGGACGGUGAGGUCUUCAACCAGGAUGAUUUCCUGCUUCUGGAGAGCAUCAUCAUGAAGACGUCUGGAGAGCGAAUCAAGAACAAGAUUCAGCAGCUGGGCGUGGAAGACGAGAGAGCUAGCGAUCUGGUCAUGAAGGUGGAUUCGCUGCUGUCGUCGCAGCCUAAGGGCGAGUCUCGGGUCGAGUACAACUUCGCCUCAGACAGAUACAGUGCGGUGAAGAUCCGACCGCGCGAGCAGGAGGUGUACUUCGACGUGGUGGCUGUGGCAGACCCGGUCACGCGCGGCGCGCAGAGACUGGCCCCACUCCUCCUGGUCUUGAAGCAGCUGGUCAACGUGAACCUGCGCGUCUUCAUGAACUGCCAGUCCAAGCUGUCCGACAUGCCGCUGAAGAGCUUCUACCGCUAUGUGCUGGAGCCGGAUGUGUCCUUCCUGGCGGACAACAGCUUCGCUCCGGGACCCAUGGCCAAGUUCCUGGACAUGCCCCAGUCUCCGCUGUUCACGCUCAACCUGAGCCCCCCCGAGAGCUGGAUGGUAGAGUCCGUGCGCACGCGCCACGACCUGGACAACAUCUACCUGCAGGAGGUGGAGAGUGUCGUGGCAGCAGAGUACGAGCUGGAAUACCUCCUCCUGGAGGGCCACUGCUUCGACGUGAGCACGGGACAGCCCCCACGUGGCCUGCAGUUCACCUUGGGCACCGCGGCGGAGCCCGUCAUCGUCGACACCAUUGUCAUGGCCAACCUGGGCUACUUCCAGCUGAAGGCCAACCCAGGAGCGUGGGUCCUGCGUCUCAGGAAAGGAAGAUCAGACGACAUCUAUAAGAUCUACAGUCACGAUGGUACGGACUCCCCGGCUGAAGCAGAGGACCUGAUCGUUGUACUGAACAACUUUAAGAGCAAGAUCAUUAAAGUGAAGGUGCAGAAGAAGCCGGAGAAGAUGAACGAGGAACUGCUCAGCGACGGCACAGAAGAGAUCGACUCUGGGUUCUGGCACUCCUUGACCAGGGGCUUCACGGGUGGGUCGAAAGUGGAGGAGGGCAAGCCGGAGAAGGAUGAUGUCAUCAACAUUUUCUCGGUGGCUUCCGGCCACUUGUACGAGAGGUUCCUGAGGAUAAUGAUGCUGUCCGUCCUGAAGCACACCGAGACGCCCGUCAAGUUCUGGUUCCUGAAGAACUACCUGUCUCCAACCUUCAAGGAGUGGAUCCCCUACAUGGCUCAGGAAUACGGGUUCCAAUACGAGCUUGUCCAGUACAAGUGGCCUCGCUGGCUGCACCAGCAGACGGAAAAGCAGAGGAUCAUCUGGGGCUACAAGAUCCUCUUCCUGGACGUGCUUUUCCCGCUUGCCGUAGACAAGAUCAUCUUCGUGGAUGCCGACCAGAUCGUGCGCACGGACCUGAAGGAACUGCGCGACUUCGACCUGGAGGGGGCGCCGUACGGCUACACCCCCUUCUGCGAGAGCCGCAGAGAGAUGGACGGUUACCGCUUCUGGAAGACAGGCUACUGGGCCAGCCACCUGGCGGGCCGUAAGUACCACAUCAGCGCCCUCUACGUGGUGGACCUAAAGAAGUUCCGGAAGAUCGCGGCGGGGGACCGUCUGCGGGGACAGUACCAGGGCCUGAGCCAGGACCCCAACAGCCUGUCCAACCUGGACCAGGAUCUGCCAAACAACAUGAUCCAUCAGGUUCCCAUCAAGUCUCUCCCACAGGACUGGCUGUGGUGUGAGACCUGGUGUGACGACACUUCCAAAACGAAGGCCAAGACGAUCGACCUGUGCAACAACCCUCAGACGAAGGAGCCCAAGCUGCAGGCGGCGGUGCGCAUCGUGGCCGAGUGGGUCGACUACGACCAGGAAGUCAAGAGCCUCUACGCCAGGUACCUUGAGGAGCGAGAGAGGGGCGGAGCUCCAGACAGAAGCCACGCCCAGAAAGGAAGGAGGGAUGACCAGGAACACACAGAGCUGUAGGGAGACGCCUUUCGCUGGAGGGACGAACGACUGGCUCUGUUUAAAGAGUCACCCUUUUGUUUGUUUGUUGUUGUUCUUUUUUUUUUUAUUUUUUAGAAGCCUAUUUUCCUGGAGCGAGGUUCGCGUCAGCGCUCUGAAACUUGAAUGGAAGUAACGCCACCUCUUUAGUAGAUGUCCGAGUGGAUGGGGCAGAACUAGGGGGCUACAGAACGCAGACUCAGCGCCAGCUCACGCGCAGCAGGACUCGCUAGCGCCCCCUAAAGGACUACUGAGGAAAUACGGGAAAUGGGGUGUGCUAGUACGAUGCAAAGCUGCGUAGAAGUGUUGUGGGUGAGGAGCAAUGGAGCUCGUGUGUGUGUGUGUGUGUGUGUGUGUGUGUGUGUGUGUGUGUGUGUGUGUGUGUGUGUGUGUGUGUGUG